AUGAGCUCCCUCACGACAACGUUCACGCCGCCGGCGUCCUGUACCCAUACGGGAAUCGCGCACAUCCAGGUCAAUGAUGUGCAGUACUACCUCCUCCAGGGCGAACCGGCGUCUUCGACCGACUGCUACCCGGACGGGUACGACCCGGAUCGAACGGCUCUUUACGCGCCGGGUGUCUGCCCGAGUGGCUACACCGAGGCUUGUUCCCGGCUCGAAACGUUCGCGACGGUGACAGAGACCAUCUUCACCUGCUGCCCGACUCAACUAGUACAUUCGUGCCUGACGAGCACGAACGAGAGAUACUCGUGGCAGAACACGCUGGCCUGCUACAGCACGAUCACGACCGAGCGGGACGGAAAGUGGACCAUCAGCGCCGUGACCAGGGUAUCGGACGGGACGACGCAGAUAGCAAGGGAGACCGGCACCGAGACGUUUGGCGCCGUAAACGCACACGGCGUCCAGAUCAAGGUCUGGGACGGCGCCUUCCCGACAUCGACGUCAACGUCGGCUACGCAAGACCCAGGACCGACCGCGGCGCAGAGCGAGGGGUCCGUACCGAGGGAAAGACAGGACGGCGAUGGUGCCGGCGCCGGGACGGGCCUGAGCUCCGGCGCCGCUGGCGGCAUUGGUGCCGGUGCGGGGGUCCUGGUGAUUUCGGCCUGCCUGUUCGGGUUCUGGCUCUUGAGGCGCAGGAGGAAGAGGAAGACAAAUGGGUAUGCGGCCGCCUCCAAAGGCAAUAGGCCACAGUCGAGUACGAACGUGCAAGAGCUGCCGGCGGAACCGAAGGAGCCGUCCGUGAGGCACGAGAUGGUCGGGGAUCACCAGUAUCCGUAUCGGCCGGGGGAUCCACCCAGGGAGUUGGAAUCGAGAAUGUGA